AUGAUACUUGAUGAGUCCUCUCGGGGCUUUUGCUUCCAGGAGGAUCCUGCCUGCGUCUUCGUGGAAAUGAGGCAGCGAUUGGAGGUGAAGCCCACGUGGAGGGUCUCCAGGUGGCAGAAGGACACGGGGGAGGUCCAGCCGCUGGGAUGCAGUGACGGGGUCACCUCCCUUCCCGCUGGCAUCCGGGGUCUCGCGUGCCAGGCCACGGGGGCCAGUCCUGGGUUUGUGAUCAGCUUGGUUCAGGGCUGUCCCGCCGUGUACGGCCUCGUGACGGAGCGCGGCCCGGGGCAGCGGCGGUGGCGCAUGCGUAGUGCCCGAGCCAGCGUUUUCCCCCUACAACUCGAGCGUGUUGCUAUAGUGACCGGCGGGACUGAUGGAAUUGGAUAUUCGACAGCGAAGCAUCUGGCCAAACUGGGCAUGCACGUUAUCAUAGGCGGAAAUAACGAAGGCAAAGCAGAGGAAGCUGUGAGAAAGAUAAAAGAGGAAACCCUCAAUGACGAAGUGGAAUUUCUGUAUUGUGACCUGGCGUCCAUGAGGUCUAUUCGGCAGUUCGUCCAGAGGUUCAAGAUGAAGAAAAUCCCACUCCACGUACUGGUCAAUAACGCUGGUGUAAUGAUGGUGCCGCAGGGGACCACCGAGGACGGCUUUGAGGAGCACUUUGGUGUGAACUACCUGGGGCACUUCCUGCUGGCCAACCUCCUCCUGGACACCCUGCGGGAGUCGGGCACCCCUGGCUGCAGCGCAAGGGUGGUUACUGUGUCCUCGGCCACACACUAUGUCGGGGAACUGAACUUGGAUGACCUUCAGAGCAGCAGCAGCUACUCGGCGCACGCGGCGUACGCCCAGAGCAAGCUGGCCCUGGUGCUGUUCACCUACCACCUGCAGGCGCUGCUGGAGGCCACGGGCAGCCCCGUGACCGCCAACGUGGCCGACCCCGGCGUGGUGGACACCGACCUGUAUAGACACGUCUUCUGGGGCACACGGUUCAUUAAGAAGCUGUUCGGCCGGUGGUUAUUCAAGACCCCGGAUGAGGGAGCCUGGACCUCCGUCUAUGCAGCGGUCACUCCAGCGCUGGAAGGCCGUGGCGGCUGCUAUCUUUACAACGAGAAAGAGACCAAGUCUCUGGCGGUCACGUACGACCUGGAGCUUCAGCGACAGCUGUGGGCCAGAAGUUGCCAGAUGACGGGCAUCGCCGAUGUGACCCAGGAGGUGGUCUAG